UUGCUGGACAAUUCAUCUUACCGCUUUUCCAUCACGAUCGAGAAUUUCAAAAUCCUUCAAAGUUGCCAAGAAAGGUACCCUCACAUACCGCCCGAAUGAGUACUUUUACAAAUCAAGAUCAAUCUCAUACCGCAGAUAAGCCUAGCUGCAAUUCAACUUCAAUCUCGCUACCAACAGCCGUCAAUCUUGAAUCUCGCCGAUCCAACAAGAUUCAAACGCAGGAACAACAUCAACAGCAAACGACCCGCAAGUCUAACGAGAUUCCACCUUUUGAUUAUUCGUUACUCGGACCACCUCCAAAAACAGGAUUUGAUUGGGUAAAAUUAAUCUUUCGUCAAUAUAGAGCUUUAGGAACACGUUAUAAAACCGAAUUGAUUGCAGGUAGAACACUUUCAAUUUUGGUGAAUUGGUUACCGGUUUCAAUUUAUACAAACAUUCAAAAAUUUGUUCAAAUUCGAUGUCCGCCAACUCAAAUGCCAUCACCACCAACACAAAUGAUGAAUGACAAUAAGAAUAAUGUUCAUCCUCGGAACAAAAAGCGACAAUGUACCGAGGCAAAUAGAUUGCAACCCCUUCUCUGUACAAUCAUCAUCCCUUUGGUCAUUGGAGAUUUGAUUUCAUCCCAUCCCCCACCAAGACAACAAUCACCUACACCGCCCGCUGUCCGCGUUCAAAAGCGCGAUCGAUUUUGAUUCCUCAAUUUUGACGCCCAGAUCUUUACGGCCGGUUUCUAUUCAUUCUCACCAACACUUUCAACCUUCAGAUAUUGGCCGUGGGCUAAAAGUGAUCGGAGUUUGAACUCUUCACCCCCCAAUUUUCACAUACACCUGUUCUUUAUUUGGACCGACUCCUGUGUAAAAUAUCUCCAUCUCCGGAAUUG